AUGAGCCCUAUGAGCCGCCGCUCACCGUCUCAACACCCAACUCGCCGUAGCGACUUUUGUUCAUCCCCCCCUCUCUCUGCCCACGCAGUGCCCGUGCACCUGGUGACGAGCACCAGCACCACGGUCCAGCCGUCCUCGGCCGCCUCCUCCACGACGACCGCCGUGGCGCGGCCCGACAGCUUCGGCUGCAGCAUCAGCGGCGAGUUCUACCCGGAUGGCGCCCAGGUCCCCGGCGACCCGGCCAAGCCGUGCGAGCUCUGCUACUGCAUCCGCAACCGGACCGCCUGCGUCGUCCAGCAGUGCACGCUGCAGGUGGAGGGCUGCGCGCCCGUGUACACGCGUGGCGUGUGCUGCCCCGUGCGGUACGACUGUGAAUACUCGGACGAGCUGGCCAUCGGCACGGAGCGGCCGCAGCAGCCCUCGGGCUCGGGCCUCAUCCUGACCACGACGCCCGGGCCCGUGGCGUGCAGCCACAACGGUGCCGUGUACGCGGACGGCGCGCGCAUCCCCGGCGCCACGCCCUGCGAGCACUGCUACUGCAUGCGCGGCGACGUGGUCUGCGCCGUGCAGGAGUGCGGGCCCGCGCUCACCGGCUGCACCGCGCUGCCCGCCCGCGAGGGCGCCUGCUGCCCCGACGCGUACCAAUGCGCGAACGGCACGGUCAACCUCGAGUUCCUCUCGCAAGUUGGGCCGACGGCCACCGCAACCGAGCCCAGUCCCUUCGCGGAGACGCAGUACCCAGUGACUGAGGCGGCAGCCGGCAUCACCGAAACGGCAACGAAGGGAGUCAAGGGCGAAGAGGGUGCCGUGGCUGAAACGGUGCCGCCCCCAGAGGUGGCCCAGCCCGCCGUCCUCGCCGAGGAGGAGGCACCACCCGCGACCGAGGCCGCGCCCGAGCACAUGGACGAGAAGGACCCCGAGCAGGCCGAGGACGACAACGCCAUGCCCGCCCAGGAGCCGCUCGUGCAGGUCACCGACCAGCCCCAGACCGUGCAGCCCGAGGAGCAGACGGAGCAGGCGGCCCCACAGGAACCCGAGCAGGAGCCGCAGCAGGCGGUCGUGCUGCAGGAGGACGAGCAGCCAGUCACGGAGGCGCAAGAAGUACAGCAGGAGGUGACCGAUGAGGCUGCACAGGGGCCACAGCAAGAGUCCACGGAACAGCCAGCAGAGGCACCCCAGACGGAGUCGCCAGAGCAGGUCGUGCAGGAGCAACAGCAGGAAGUUGCCGAACAGAGUGCUCAGGAACAGCAACAGGAAGUUACUGCCCAGCCACCACAGGAAGUGGAACCCGAACAGGCAGUCACCGAGCAGGACGUACAGGAGCCCGCCGUUACAGAACAGGCUGUGCAGGAACCCCAGCAGGAAGUGACGGAGCUGCCACAGCAGGAGGUCCAUGAGGAAGUCAACGAACACGCUGAACAGCAGCCAGAGCAGGUAGUCACCGAACAGGAAUCACAGGAACCACAACAGGCUGUGACCACAGAAGAGGUGCCGCAGGAGGCACAGGAACCACUGCAGGAGGCACAGGAACCACUGCAGGAGGCUACUGAGCAGCCCGAGAUCCAGCAAGAAGCCACCGAACAACCAGAGCAGGAGUCACAGCCUGCAGUGACAGAGCAGACCGAGCAAGAGCCACAACAGGAGACUACGGAACAGGCAGCCGAGCUUCCCCAGCAGGAGGUGACCGAGGAAGACAUCCAGGAGCCAACACAGCAGCCCGCCGAGCAAGCGGAGCCCAUCGUCACGGAGCAAGAACCGCAGCAGGAGGCCACCGAACAACCCGCACAAGAGGUGACUGAAAGUAACGCCCAGGACAUCCCAGCUGUGACUGAGCAGGCUGCCGAGCAGAUCGUCACGGAGCAGCCUGAGAUGGAGCCACAGCAUGAGGACCUGGACGAAGGCGGUGACGACGCCAUCGUCGAGGUGACGACCGAGCCGCCCGUCGAGCCCCAGGGCACUGACUCGCCCGCGGUGGUGUCUGAGGAAGAAGUCCCGGCGCCAGCACCGACUGAUGCAGCCCCGGAGGAGCAGAGUGAGAGCAUGAACACGGCAGCGCCCGAGCAUGAAGAGGUGACCGCCGCGCCAAUGGAGACUGAACAGGAGAAUAUCCCGACCGAGCAGCCCGCCGAGGAGGCGUCUGUGCCACCGCAGGAACCCGCUCAGGAGGCGGCCGAGGCCCAGCCUGAGGACAUUGCCACGGAGGCAGCGCCCCAGCAUGAGCCCGAAGUGGCGUCUUCUGAGACCACCGCGUUGCCGGUGCAGGAGGACGUGCUGCAGCAGGAGCCUACCACCGCGCAGCCUGUCGACGUGUUCAUGCAGGAGGAGGUGACAACCGAGGCUGCCGUCGAACCGAUCGUCCUCACAGAGCAGGUGCCGCUGCAGGCCGUCGACUCUCAGCAGGAGUCGGAGACCCCAGCGCCUCCGGCGGAGGCCGCCCCUGCCUCGACCACCGCACCCGUCCAGGAGACAGCGCAGCCCCAGGACUACGAGACUUACAGGCCCGUGGACGCGGCCGUCACGACGCAGCAGCCCACCGAGGGCACAACUGCCCUCCCCGUGCAGGAGGAUGUCGACGCAGUGCCCGAACAACAGCCGGCCGAGGUGGUGGCUGAGACCGCGGCCCCGUUGGAGACCGAAAUGGAAUCUGCGACCGAGGAGGCAGCCGCUGUUGCGGAGGCCACGACCACGGCUGCCGCAGCGCAGGAAGCUGAGCUCGUCAACGAGAUCGGAGCACCCCAGACACCGGAAGACAACGCCAGCCCUCAGCUUCCGGAGGCCGUCGUCGCGGAGGAGUCGACUACCCCCGCCGUGCAGCAGCAGCCCCAGGACGCCGAGCCCCUCCCCGUCGACUCGUCCGACAAGGUCGAUGUCGGCGUCACAACACUUCCGCCCCCCGUGGCCUCCGUCGCCGAGGGUGAGGCAACCACUGAGGCCCGGCCUGAGGACAACCUCGUCGACUACCCUGGUGACGGCAGCUGCGCCGUUGACGGCGUCCUAUUCGUGAACGGCUCUGGCAUACCGACGGCGAACCCUUGCCAGACGGCAUGCCACUGCGAGUCCGGCAUAGUGCACUGCAUGUUGGAGAACUGCGCCCCACCGCCGGCCCACCCCACCGGCCAGCUAGCCCGAUGCAUGCCUGUGCACCACGAUGGCGUGUGCUGCCCGACUUACGCAUGCGAUUCCGAGGACGGCCAGGUCCUCGAGUCCGACAGCCAGAUGGCGGGCUCGGAGGCGCCGCCCGCUCCACCGGCAGUCACGGACGCCCCUGCCGCCGAGAUUCCUGAGACCAGCGGCCAAGAGAUCGUAGAAGAGGCCAGCGGUCAAGAGAUCGUUGAGCCGACCGAGGGUCCGCAGGAGACGUACACGACGCUAGCCGAGCGCGAGCCCGAGGCUACACCCUCGCAGUCCGUGCCCUACGGGGAGGACACCCCCGUGCCGGAUCCGCUGCCGCAGAAGCCAGCUGACGUGGAGCUGAUCGCAACUGCUGCCCCCGCCGUGGAGCAGCACGCUCAGGAGCAGGAAAGUGAGAGCAUGAACACGGUAGAGCCCGAACAGGAGCAACAGUCCAUCACGGUCCAGCCAGACGUGGAGGCGACCCAGGAGCCCGUAGUGCUGCAGGAAGAGGCCCAGCCGACGCAGGAGCCCGAGCUGGUUCAGCAGGAAGAGGUGCAGCCAACUCAGGAACCGGUAGUCCUGCAGGAAGAGAUUCAGCCUACACAGGAGCCGAUAGCACAACAGGAGGAGAUUCAGAGCACUUCGGAGCCUGAAAUAGUUCAGCAAGAAGAAGUUCAGCCCACCGAGGUUCCGGAAGUGGUUGCGCAAGAAGAGGCUCAGCCAACACAGGAACCUAUCGUCGAACACGAAGAAAUUCAGAGCACUUCGAAGCCUGAAAUAGUUCAACAGGAAGAAGUUCAACCUACCGUGGUACCGGAAGUGCUUGCACAGGAAGAGGCACAGCCAACACAGGAACCUAUCGUACAGGAGGAGGAUACUCAGACCACAUUGCAGCCGGAGGUUAUUCAACAGGAAGAAAUUCGUCCUACUCAAGGAUCAGAGUUGGUUCAGGAAGAAAUUCAGCCUACACAAGAACCGGAGUUGGUCCAGCAAGAAGUGGUUCAACCAACGCAGGAGCCGAUAGUACAAGAGGAAGAACUUCACAUCACGUCGGAGCCUGAAUUAAUUGAACAAGAAGUUCAGCCGACACAAGCACCGGAAAUUAUUCCCCAGGAGGAAUCCCAGCCAACAGAAGAGCCAGCAGCUGUUCAGCAGGAGGAAGUACAAACAACUUCGCAACCAGAAAUUGUUCAGCAAGAAGAAGUUAAGCCGACACCGGAACCCGAAACAGUACCUCAGGAAGAGGUACAGGCAACGCAGGAGCCCCAAGUGAGCCCUCAGGACGAGAUUCAGACAACGCAGGAGCCUGAGGUGGUUCAGCAGGAAGAGGUUGCGACCACGCAGCAGCCUGAAAUCCUCCAACAGGAAGAGAUUCAUGCAACGCAGGAGCCGGCCGUCGCGCAGGAAGCUGUGGAAACUACACAGGAGCCGGAAAUCGUCCAGCAAGAAGAAAUUAAGCCGACCGAACAGCCUGAGAUAGUUCAACAAGAAGAAAUCCAAACAACUCAAACCCCAGAAGCCGCGCAGUCAGAAGAGUUACCAGCGACGCAGCAACUGGAGGAGCAGUCACCAGUCGAAGUGACACAGCAAGCCGAGGCUGCGCAGCCAGCGACCACACAGCAGCCCGACGUUGCCGAGCCCGAGGCCACGCCGACACCAGAGGCUCCUGUCUUGCAAGAGGAAGCCCAGCCGACGGAGGCCCCAGCGGCGCCAGAGAGCGAAGUCACAACUCAACAGUCGGCGUCAUUUGAGCCCACCGUCUCCCCGCAGGACUACACGCACAUUGACGUGGAGAACGAGGGACGUCCCACGGCAACUCCGGAGAGCCUCGAGCAGUCGGAGGCCACAUCUGCGGCCGACCAGGAAGUGCCUGUUGCUGUCGACGAGGCGCCGCAGACGGAGGCGCCGUUAGCGCCUGUCGAGGAAACAGCCCCCACCACCGCGCAGCCACUAGACGUGCCAGUGGACGUGCCAGUGGAGACACCGGUGGAGACACCAGCGGAGACACUAGUAGAGUCCUCACCGACUUCCGCGCCCGAGGUGGCCGCCACGGAGGAGCCCGCUUCGGCGUCUCCGAUCGUUGGCGUGUACGAGGGGAACGACGAGCAGAUAGCCAGCACCGCCCCGCCCCAGGUUGCCGAGGACGAGUACGCGACACAAGCACCUCAGCAGUCCGUCGAGGCGCCCGCCGAGGUGCCCGUCGAGCCACCGGUCGAGGCGCCCGUCGAACCGGAGAACGCCCCCGAAGUCGAGGCUGCCACCACCAACGCGCCAGCUGCCUCCACCGAGAGCGUCCUGCAGGGAGAGGACGCUGUCACUUCCGAGCCGGAGCAAGCGACGUCAGCUCCCGACAGCCAGCCCCUCGCCCCGCUCGAGGAUGUGGACGCGGCCCAGAGCGAGGACCAGGCCGCCGCCAGCACGAGCGCACCGUCCGAGGAGUCCGCUCCUCCUGCAGCACCAGCGGAGCCGGCUGACGCGCUCUCGGAAGGGGAGGUCGCUGAGGUGCAGACAGUGCAGCCCAUCGUCGCAGAGACAGCCGCGCCCACGGAGGAGCCCAGCGUGACCAGCGAAGACCAGCCCGCACCCACACCCGCUCCCGUCGAGCCCACCCUGCUGCCCGAGCAGCCCGCUGAGGACACCAAGGUGCCCGCCGCCCCGACCACCACCCCGCCUGAGACAUUUGCGCCCCUGGACGAGGAGCCAAGUCAGGCCGUGGAGGUGCCCGCCCCGGAAGUUCCCCUCUCAGAAGUGCCCGCUCAGGAGACGCCCGCCCCAGAGGUGUCCGUUACGGAGGCUCCCACUGCAGCGGAGACACCAGCCCCGGAGGUUCCUGUCGCGGAGACGCCGGCCCCAGAGAUCCCCGCCCCGGAGGUGCCCAUCCCGGAGGUGCCGAGCCCGGAGGUUCCUGCCCCAGCUCUACAAGAGAACGAGGCCCUGGCCCCGACUCCCGCGCCAAUCCCGACCUCCGCGGCCCACCAGCCGGAGCCCGAGACAGAGGAUGCCAGCGAGGAGGCAGAGAAGCCUGCCGAGCACGAAACACCCGAUGUUCCGGAAGCACCAGAAGCACCCGAGGCAGCAGAGGCAACCGAAGAGCCCGUCAUUCCGGAAGAGCACGUCGAGGAAGACCACAUCAUGAUGCCCGUUCCCGAACAGAACAAGGAGCCCGUGCAGAAGCCUGCGCCUGUCGCGCCGCCCCAGCAGCAGCAGAGGCCGACGGAGACGCCACCGCCCAGCUUCAUGGGACACCCCGACGACUUCAGUCAGCUGGCGGGCAUGGCGGGCAUGGCGGGUAUGGCCGGCAUGGCUGGCAUGGCUGGACAGGAGAACUUCCCUCCGAGCAGCGGCACCUACCUGCCCCCGGGUCCCGGCGGCAUGGGCGAGGACUACGACGAAGAGGACGACCAGGCCGCUUUCGGCCCAGGCACGUGCCGCUACGCCGGCAAGGUCUACGUGUCGGCGCAGCAGAUUCCGCGCGACGACCCGUGCGACUUCUGCUUCUGCUUCCGCAGCGACAUCAUCUGCCUGCAGCAGAGCUGCCCGCCGCCCAUCCCAGCCUGUCACGAGGAGCCCAUCAACGGCUUCUGCUGCCCGCGCUACGAGUGCCCCGUGUCCAUGGCCACCUCGCUCAACAUCACGACGACCACAACGACCACGACCACGACGCUGCCGCCGCACUUCCUGCACCACGCGUACAAGGGCGCGGCCAAGCGGACGGGCUGCCAGGUCCGCGGACAGGCGUACCGCGUCGGCGAGACGAUCCGCUCCGCGUCCGGACCCUGCCUGCACUGCCAGUGCGGCGGCGAUGGCCAGAUGCAGUGCGAGCCCAAGGUGUGUAGUCCGGAGCCCAUGCUGAGGAAGAUGAUCGCCGCAGCGGCCGCGGCCAAGCGCAGAAGAUGAGAAGAUGAGCCUCGCCGCGCGCCAUGACUUCAAAGACUUGACAAAACAUAUCCUGGACCCAUCCCCCUAGUCGAAGCAUCAAUCUGCUGUGGGCUUCUUCGCGCCAGGAAAUAGGAAUCCAGUUCAGGGCUACAGAGGUGCACAGGUGCCAGAAAACCGUAAGUUUCAGCUUUCUAUUUUUUUGUUAGAGACGGGAGUAGUUAAGCCCUGCUGAAAUGGAUUGAGGGGAUGGAAUAUUGUCCAAAAAUGUCGUACACCGCGAUUUUGUGUUUCAGACAAAUCGUCGGGAACAGAUGCUCAUGACAGAGUUUACUUUGCACUUUUAAUGUUAGUUUUUGAAAUUAUGUUGAUUGUGUACCAAAUUUUAGUUGUGGCCAGCCCCCAUAGAAAAGGCUUCUGAACCUUGCUGGAAGCUGCAACACAGGUGACCCUAAGGGCCAAGCCCAAUGCAGUGUACCUGUUCUGAUUGUUUGAUGUGAUAUUCACCCUUUUUAUAUUUCUUCAGUUUUUCCCCUUUACAAGCUUCACCACAAUUUUUGAAGGCCCAAUAAUAAACCUGGAUUACUAUAAAACUUAUUGUCAGAACAAGUCACAGGUAUUCUUGGAAAUAAGAGAAUUUUGCUGGUCAUAUGGUGUUAAGGGG